AGACAAACCAAAAGAUUUUUCUAUUUUUUUAACUCUUAUUUUUAGGGGGGCUGGGAUAAAGCUUAGGGGGGUAAGAAUGGGCCAGACACGCCUAUGGUUUUAUACAUACACGGUGUUCUGUUGACACGACACGAUUCAAAUUACAAUUCCAGCCUUUUUUCUCUGUUAAAGCACACAAAGAGCAGCGUGAAUUUUAGACCGCGAUAAUGUUUUCCAAUAAUACUGACUUUUGGCCAAUGGGGACGCGGAGCAAAAAAUAGAAAUUUGGCCAAACUUUGAACUGGUUGGGGCGGGCGAUCCAGACGAGACAAUAUUAGAAUAAUCGCCUAGCAACCGCGGGCCGUAAAACGGAGAGCGGAUGUCGCAGAGAGCAAAGAGGCUGGUGUUGAAAAGAGUCGAAACAGAGCCCAUUGUGGUGGUGGAGACUGGAGAGGAGUGAGCGGCUUCCACAGGGAGACCUGGAAAAGAGGCAAUUCCGUGAACACAAAGGGGACUCGCACUACGCGGACAUAUAUGGACGUUUAUUCACGGCGCAGACGCUGCCGUCCUUUGUGAGGAGCACCGCGUCGGCCAGUCGGAAAGAUCCGGUAAAUGAAGAGUUAAGACUCGACAUCCCAACUGUUUAUUUCUGCAGCUAGCAGGCUAGCUGGCUAGAUACCCGAGAGCUAGAAAAUGGGAAGCCCGUGCGGGUCCGUCUGAUAGGGAUCUUCGCCGGGCUUUGAAGAAGCGGUGCUCGGCUCAGAUUUUGUCGGCGGUGGUUUAAAGUAUCCGUCUCCAGCCUCCUAAGUAGCCGCAACUUUGAAGAAUGAUAUCAACUGAGCGCUAAACGCCUCACUACUACUACUACUACAGACCGGGGGAGAGAGAAAAGUCACACAGGGCUGCCGGCUCCCGUUCGCACACAACCAACCCGGGAAGAGGGAACAUGACGCACCGGCCACUGCUGGGGAGUGGCGCAUGGCAGCCGUGCAGACCUCGCACCCACCUGCCACUUUAGAAGCUGCCGUCUCGCACCAUGACGGAGAGGCAUUGAGGUUUUACUCCCUGACGAUCAUCUCGAAACCUCUCCUCCUCCUCCUCCUCCUCCCCCCCCCGAUCCCCAGCCCCCAUCAUGCUGCGCUUCUUGCCCAUCAAACUGGGCCGCCUGUACCGCUGCCUGAAGCUCCUGUUGGUGGUGGGACUGUUCGUCAUCCUGCUGAUGAACACCCACAACCUGUUCGCCUCCUUCCAGAAGAACGAGCUCACCGACAGGCGGUUCAUCAACCUCAACAAGUGUCCCGCCUGCUUCGGCACCAGCUGGUGCCGCAAGUUCAUGAACGGCCAGGUCUCCUUCGAGACCUGGGGCCGCCUUAGGUUCCUGGACGUGUUCAACGUCAAGAACGUUUACUUCGCGCAGUACGGCGAGCCCAGGGAGGGCACGCGCCGGGUGGUGCUCAAGCGGCUCGGCUCCAACCAGGAGCUGGCCGAGAUAGACCAGAAGAUCUGCAAGAGGGCCACGGGCAGGCCGCGCUGCGACCUCAUCCAGGCCAUGUACAAGACCGAGUUCGCCCGGAUCAACGGCGACGUCCGCCUGCUCACCCCGGAGGUGGUGGAGGGCUGGUCGGACCUGGUGCACUGCCCCUCUCAGAGGCUCCUGGACCGCGUGGUGCGCAGGUACGCGGAGACCAAGGACUCGGGCAGCUUCCUGCUAAAGAAUCUCAAGGACACCGAGAGGAUGCAGCUGCUCAUGACCUUGGCGUUCAACCCAGAACCGCUCGUGCUGCAGAGCUUUCCGUCGGACGAAGGGUGGCCGUUCGCCAAGUACCUGGGAGCAUGUGGGCGCGUGGUGGCUGUCAACUACGUGGGCGAGGAGCUGUGGAGCUUCUACAAUGCGCCGUGGGAGAAGAGAGUGGACUUGGCGCGGCAGCUGAUGGACAUCGCCGAGCAGCUGACCAACAACGACUUUGAGUUCGCCCUCUACCUGCUGGACGUCAGCUUUGACAACUUCGCGGUCGGGCCGCGCGACGGGAAGGUCAUCGUGGUCGACGCCGAGAAUGUCCUCGUGGCCGACAAGAGGCUGAUCAAGCAGAAUAAGCCAGAAAACUUCGACGUGUGGUACGAGAGCCGUUUCGAGGAGUGCGACAGGGAGGCCUGCCUGUCCUUCUCCAAGGACUCCCUUUGUUCCAGGGUCACCGUGGACCACAACUACUAUGCCGUUUGCCAGAACCUGCUGUCGCGAUACGCUACGUGGCGGGGCACCACCGGAGGCCUCCUCCACGACCCGCCCGCCCACAUAGCCAAAGACGGACAGCUCGAGGCUUUGUUGGACGAGUGCACCAGACCUAAAAAGCGCUACGGCCGCUUCCAGGCGGCCAAGGAACUGCGCGAAUACCUCACGCAGCUAGCUGCCGCUUCCUCCUCCUCCGCGAGGUAAUGAACGGAGUCGGCGUUAGCCUGACGCACCGAGAGGCUGGAUCGUGUACUCUUUAUCUCCGGACUCUUGAGCUCCUGGUUCUUGUACAUGAUGUCAUUCGUUCCCCUCUAUGCACUGGAGCAGGAAGGUGUUAGGUCUUACAUCAGGAAGUGUAAGAAUCAAACAUCAAAGCAGAUUAGUUAAAGCUCUAGCUUUUACCUGACUUUGCUCCUUUGUGAAAAGUGUGGCGCUACAAAAGUCUGCUUAGAACCAGGAUAGAGAGGAGAUAGCAGUAACUUCUCCCCUCCCUAGGUGGGCUACCCUCUCGGGGGGGAGACGAGAAAGGGCUCUGGUAAAUGCAUCCUGCACUGGACCCAGGCUAACGCAAACCAGAGCGUCUGAGCUGCGGCCGCAGCAGUGGCGGCGGCGGCAGCAGCAGCAGCAUCGCCUGACCACAUCCGCCCUCCUUUUCUCUCCUCAGUCCAUCAGAACUGUUGUGUUUUAUAACACCUGUUACAUUUUCCUCCCACUAUCUCUCUGUUCUUUCUUUUCAGGGCUGAAUUUAAGUCGAUUGGCGCAUUUACAUUUUUUUUUUUUUCGUGCCAUGGCUCCUUUUUUUUUCUUUUUCUUUUUUUUUUUUUUCUAGCACUGCUGCAGGGAAGGUGGAGGUAGCAUGAAUCUCCUGCUGUCAAGCAGCUGUGAAGGCCAAGCUACAGCAGGUAGAGAGGCAAGGUAGGGGGUUGGGGUUUUCAAGCAAGAGAAAAAGAAAGCCCUAGACGGCUAUAUAAGUAUAAUUUCCUGCUACUUCAAUCAAUCACUCGAUUUCCAGGAUUGUGGCAAUCUUUUUUUUUUUUUUUUCUUUUGAGUGUUUCUUCUUUUUUUUUUUUUUUCGUUUUAAUAGGAACCUGAGAGACAGCUGCACAUAGGAAAAAGAAGGAGGUAAUUUGACACUGGCGGUCCCUUGAUGCAGAUGUGCCUAUACCAAAGAGGCUAUAUGUAAUAUUAAGAACUCGGAGCAGUACGGAGACGGCACCUUUCCCUCCAGUUGCCCCCCCCCCCACUUGAGCUGUCCGAAAGAACGUCAGUGUGUACACAAUCUUAUAUAAGCUGGCAGGCCCGCAUACUGAUUUUCUCUCCCCUAAGAACCAAAUCCAGAGAUGUAAGACCGAGAUCGGCCGUACUUAGUAUCGUAUCACCCCCUCUGCUUCGUCAGCCUCCCCUAGAAUUGAUAAAUGAUCAGUUGGAUGUUUUCCUUCGACAAGGUUUGGGGGGAGAAAAAGGGAGGAAAUGAAGUGAUUCUGCAGGAAAAAAACAAAAAAAACACACAAUAAAACAACAUAGCAGUGGCCUCCAGUGCCAGAUUCUCCUAUAACGUCUGUAACUGAUAAAUGAGUCCUAUUGUCAGGCAUCUCCCACCAGUGCCGAGCGCAGUCAGCUCUAUCGAGUCAAAGGUAUAAAAGGGAAUGAAGAUAUCCUAAAUUACUUCCUCACUGAGAACUGACGUCUGACCCGUGUCCCUGAAAUUUCACUUCGGCUUUUGAACCCACUUAGCGGCCGGUCCGAUUUUACACCCAGUGGACCCACAAAUGAAAGCGCAAUUACAAAUAUAGGCUCAUUCGGUAAUGGAUUAUGAGAGCUGUUAUUAAAAUAACCGGGGACAACUCCAUAUGUUUUGUAUGUGGACUGUUUUGAUGUUGUGAAUCAGACACUAAAUGCCCAGUGGAGUGUUGUGUAGCGCGGUGGAUAGACAAGGAAUUAACCAAGUAAAUAUGAGCCAAUCCAUCUACGAGGGGGGGAACUAGAAAGCACUGCAGUUGCUUUUUUUUUUUCAUCUGAGAGAGCUGAUUGUGGAUUGUAACACUUGCCAGUUUAGGAAAAGCAAUAAAAGACAAGUUUGGCUUAUGAAUUUCUGAUUUUGAACCCCCCCCCCCUGCACCAUUUAUUUUGUUGGGUCAUAUCUAUUUCUGGUUCCUCUGUCUGGGCGACGGUCAACUUGGAGGGAUUCGUUCAUGCGUAACUAACUGUUCACUUUUGUACUGUAAAGUUUCUUUCGAGUAUUAUAUCAGCAUCGUCUGAUUUUUCCUGUGCCUUUCAUUCAAAAGUUGUAUUUACAACUUUUAGUGGGUUUAAAUAUUAAAAUAAAAAGAAGAUAUAUAUAUAUAUAUAGAUAUAUACA